AUGACCAACGGCAUCGAGCGCGUUGAGGCGCCCGUUACCUGGAAGGCCUACAUGGCUUGUGCCUUCGCCGCCUUCGGUGGUAUCUUUUUCGGUUUCGACUCUGGUUACAUUUCCGGUGUCCUCGCCAUGGACUACGUCAAGGAGCACUUCCGCCCCAAGUCGUCCGGCCCCUACCCGACUGACCCCAACGCCCCAGACAAGGCCAAGGACCUUCCCUCCUGGGUUCGUUCGCUGAUCACGUCUAUUCUCUCUGCUGGUACUUUCUUCGGUGCGCUCGUCGCUGGUGACCUUGCCGACUACUUUGGUCGCCGUAUCACCAUUAUCGCUGGUUGCGGUGUCUUCAUUGUUGGUAUCAUUCUCCAGACCGCUUCGACCGGAUGGCAGCUUCUCGUUGCCGGCCGUGCCAUCGCUGGUAUCGGUGUCGGUUUCGUCUCGGCCAUCAUCAUUCUCUACAUGUCCGAGAUCGCCCCCCGCAAGGUCCGUGGUGCCCUCGUCUCCGGCUACCAGUUCUGUAUCACCAUUGGUCUCCUCCUCGCCUCGUGCGUCGACUACGGCACCAAGGACCGCAACGACACUGGCUCGUACCGCAUCCCCAUCGCCAUCCAGUUCCUCUGGGCCCUCAUCCUCGGCGGUGGUAUUGCCAUGCUCCCCGAGUCGCCCCGUUGGUACGUCAAGCGCGGCCGCCCCGACGACGCCGCCAAGGCCCUCUCCCGCAUUCGUGGUCAGCCCAUCAACUCCGACUACAUCCGUGAGGAGGUCGCCGAGAUUGUUGCCAACUACGAGUACGAGCGCAGCCUCAUGCCUACCGACUCGUACUGGGCCGGCUGGGCUUACUGCUUCAAGGGUGGUCUCGGUCGCUCCAACUCGAACCUGCGUCUCACCAUUCUGGGUACCUCGAUCCAGAUGAUGCAGCAGUGGACCGGUAUCAACUUCAUCUUCUACUACGGCACUGAGUUCUUCAAGAACCUCGGCACGAUCUCGAACCCCUUCCUGAUCUCGCUCAUCACCACCCUCGUCAACGUGUGCACGACCCCCAUCUCGUUCUACACCAUUGAGCGCUACGGUCGUCGUGCCCUCCUUAUCUACGGUGCUAUCGGCAUGACCAUUUGCGAGUUCAUCGUCGCCAUCAUGGGUGUUGCCAAGCCUGCCGUCGUCGACCCCAUCACCAACGUUGCCCGUCCCGAGGACAAGCCCAUCGCUUCGGCCCAGAUCGCGUUCAUCUGUAUCUACAUUGCCUUCUUCGCCACCACCUGGGGUCCCGGCGCCUGGGUCGUCAUCGGUGAGAUCUUCCCGAUCCCCAUCCGUGCCCGUGGUGUCGCUCUCUCGACCGCGUCCAACUGGCUCUGGAACUGUAUCAUUGCCGUCAUCACCCCCUACAUGGUCGACCGUGACAAGGGUAACCUUGGCUCCAAGGUGUUCUUCAUCUGGGGCUCGCUCUGUGCCACCUGUGUCGUCUACGCCUACUUCAUGGUCUGGGAGACCAAGGGUCUCACUCUUGAGCAGGUCGACCAGAUGAUGGAGGAGGUCCGUGUCCCCUGGCGCUCCAAGGGCUGGAAGCCGUCCACCACCUUUGCCGCCCACGGCCACGAUGCCAUCGACCAGAAGGUCGACGGCGAGAAGCUCGACCACCCUCAGGAGGCCUACCCCGUCGCCAACCAGGCCCCCAUGGGCGGCGCCGCCGGUGGUGUCUAA